AUGAAAUCGAUAUUAAUAUUCUUGAUUCUUUUAUUCUCCUACAUAAAUUUAACUCUUGCUCAAACCAGGUUAACGGUAUUAAGCAAUUUUAAUUUGACAACGACGUGUGAAACAUUCAUAACAUCUCUAAUUAACGACGAGGACAUCAAUGAAUGUUUACCAAUAUACACGAUCAUAAUAAGUGUUCCGCCACUUCUACCUACAUAUCCUACAAAAAAUUCAAAAGAUAAGCUUGAUAUCUUUGCGCAAUUAGUAAGUCAAACGUGUCAAUUGCCAAAAUGCCACCCUUCCUUGACUCAAAAUACCGCAUUAAAAUUACAAGAAGAUUGUUCCCAAGAUUUAAUGCAACAAAAUAUAAUGGUUACAUUGAAUUGGAUAUUAUUUUCUCAUUAUAAACCUAUACAAGAACUGAUUUGUAAAAGGAAUAGUUCAAGUCAAUUCAAUUCUUAUUGUAUUUUAGAAACGUUAACAAAUAUUGCAAAUCAAGAAAAUUCGAUUGAUUCGACCGUAUCAUUUGAAAUACCUAAACCCACAACAACUAUUACUUCAACCCUUUCACCUCCAACAAUUACAACAAGUACAAAAGAAAAAAGCGCAGAUAAUGAUGAUGAUAAGGAGGGAAGUUCGCCUCCAACGACACCGGAGGACGAUUCUUCAUUUUUUAAAACCUUGGAGACAUUACCCGAUUCAUUAAUUUGUACCGAUUGUAAUAAGGCCAUGAUGUCAGUUGCAAUAAAUUAUCUCAAAGAAAAUCCGACGGUAUUAACGGUGAUAAAUGUGAAUGAAACUCAAAUACAACGAGCUUCUCUAAUCCUUGAAUUAAAAUGUGGUAAUUCGUUCUUGGAUGCUAUCAUUGAGGAGAAGGGUUUCUUAGGAAAAACAUACAAAGUACAAUAUAAGGGAAUUGAUGCCGUAAUUAGAUCAAGCAAGGAUGAUUUGGAUGCGAUCUUGGAAGAAUUUCAUGUUCAUUAUAAACUUCGAGAACAUGAAAAUAUAUUAAAAUUCUAUGGCAUAAUUAUAAAGGCAGAUAGGAUAGCUUUGAUUUAUGAAUAUGCGGCUCAUGGAAAAUUAUCAUCAUUUCUUAAAGAUAAUUCCUUAUUAGGAUGGGACAUCAAAUCAAAAAUAUGUCAUGACAUAACAUUAGCAUUAUUUCAUUGUCAUGAAUUAAAUAUAAGCAAUUUUAAUUUGAAGUUGGACAAUAUUUAUUUGACUAGUGAUUGGACGGCUAAAAUAGCCGGCUUUAACAAAGAUAAUGAUAAAAGAAAAAGUCGAGAGAGUUUGAAUUCUCCCUCACCUGAUAGCUCGAUGCAUUGGGUUGCUCCUGAAGCUGUCUCUCUUGAUCAAGACAUGAGAUUAUCCUUUGAAAGGCAUCCGAAAUUAGCCGACAUUUAUUGUUUGGGUCUAAUAUUUUGGGCAAUUGCAAUGAAUGGACAAAUCCCUUAUGAAGAAAAAUCGAACAUAAUAGAAGAGAAGCAACAACGUAAUGCAAAUGAACUUUUACGAAAUCAUUUACCAAAAUCGAUUCCAUCGGAAUUCUCGAAUUUAAUUUUUAAGAUGACAAAAUUCACCCCAAGGCAAAGGCCUAACUUACUUAUGAUACUUUGUGCCUUGGAAGGAUUAUACGAUUUUGAUAACCCGCAAGAAUACUUAUCAGAAUCAAGUUCAAAAGGUUUUGAUGUCGAAAGUGAUGUAUCCGAGAAUUUGAUCUCAAAUCAAAUUGAAAACGUCAGUCAAGCGAGUCAAUUUUAUGCCGGUUCGAUUAAAGUCAAGAAAUCUACAAGUUACAAUUCGAUGAAUUCAUUAAUGAAUAAUAGUGAUAGCAACAUCAUAAUCCAUCAAGAAUAUCAAUUUUCGGAAACCGAAAUAGAUUUAUUAGAAAAGGUUACCUCAAUAUAUUUGGAAGCGGAAAAGUUGGGAUUCGAUUGGCUCAUAAAAAAUCUUAAAAGUUGGAUUGCAAUCGAGAAAAUGAAUCCAAGAACAAUUUUUGAUUUGAUGAAUUUAGAUUUAAAUCAACCAUAUAAUAGAUGUAUCAUAGGAUAUUUUUAUGAGGAAGGUUUUGGUACCGGUCCAAAUCGUGUCAAGGCAUUUACUUUAUAUAAAUCUGCUGCUGAAGGAGGCAACGUCAUGGCUCAAUAUUAUCUUUCAUUAUGUUACGAGGGUGGUUAUGGUACUAGCAUAGAUAAAAAAAACGGCUUGGAAAUGGAAAUUUAUUUUCCAAGAGAAAUUCAAAAAGAUAAGGAUUACUUGCGACAUGGCAAAUCAACCGGGGUUGAUUUGCUUGGUUAUUUUGGCGAAUAA